GUCAGCAACUUUAUUCACGUUGAACACGACGCUCACUGCAGUUACCAGUUCAGGCCGACCAUGACCACAAUACCCUCCCGACUCGCGCAGAUGACGCGCAUCUCAAGCAGCCGCGGAGAAGCGCGCCUUCGAGUUAUUGACCUAUACAGGGCAUGGGUUCGUGCUGCUCCCGAGAUAUGUACAAUCUAUGCGUUGAAUGUCACUCCAGCACACCUGCGCUAUUCAAUUCGCCAGAAGUUUGAGCAGAACCGCCACGUAACAGACCAGCGCGCCAUCGAGGUGUUAUUGCUCAAGGGCCAGCAGGAAUUGCAGGAAACGUUGAACUGCUGGAAGCAACCGGACCAUAUGUAUGGGAUCUUGCUCCAAAAUAACCAACGGCCACACCGAACAUUCCUGCAGAAGUUCACGAUAGGUCGUGAUGAGGAUGCUGUUCUUCCCGCUGCAUCUGGCGUUGUAUAGAACAUAGAAGAGAAUGAUCACUUUGCUUCCUUCUGGUACCGCCGCGAUCACCUUUCGAGGCAUUGAUUGCGUAGAUUUAUACGUAAGUGGUGGGUGGAUGAUGUGCCACUUGCACGGCCAUUUUGCUGCCUGAAGUUUUCAGGCCCCUCAGACAACAUUCGACUAUUUCAGUCCACCUC